GCAACGGCUGACGUCUGUCUGUCUAAAAACAGACUGAGUGCUGCUCACUCUGCCGUCCUCAGGCCUCCAACACUCCUCUCUGCUUCUUCUUCUUCAUUUCUUUAUUUUGUUUAUUCUCUGGGACGCCUGCGUCCUCCCCCGUUCUGCCCGGGUGACGGCUGUCUCCCCCGGGACGCUCAGCAUCAUGGAGAGUCUGGAGAAGCAGCUCGUCUGUCCCAUCUGCCUGGAGAUGUUCACCAAGCCGGUGGUCAUCCUGCCCUGCCAGCACAACCUCUGCCGCAAGUGUGCCAACGAUGUCUUCCAGGCAUCCAAUCCCUACCUAUCGACAAGGAGCAGCUCCACGCUGACGUCUGGCGGUCGUUUCCGCUGCCCAUCCUGCAGACACGAGGUGGUUCUGGAUCGACACGGAGUGUACGGACUGCAGAGGAACCUGCUGGUGGAGAACAUCAUCGACAUGUACAAACAGGGAAACAGCAGUAGACCGGAACCUGAGCAGAAGCAGGAUCAGCCGAUGUGUGAGGAUCAUGAAGAAGAGAAGAUCAACAUCUACUGUGUCACCUGCAGCAUUCCCACCUGUUCUCUCUGUAAAGUCUUUGGAGCUCAUAAAGACUGUGAAGUCGCUCCGCUGGACAACGUCUUCCACACACAGAAGGCGGAGUUGAACGACUGUAUCUCCAUGUUAGUUGGGAACAAUGAGAGGAUUCAGGCCAUCAUCAGUCAGCUGGAGGAAACCUGCAGAGCCGUCGACGAGAACGGCCGCAGACAGAAGUCGAAGGUGUGCGAGACGUUCGAUCACCUGUUCGCUCUGCUGGAGGAGAGGAAAGGUGAGAUGACUCUGAGGAUCAACUCUGAGCAGGAGGAGAAACUCGACUACAUCAGAGGUCUGAAGAGGAAGCACACCGAACACCUGGAGAAUUCUGCCAAGCUGCUGGAGACCGCCAUCCAGACCCUGGACGAGUCCGAGAUGGCCGUGUUCCUGCAGACCACCAAACCUCUGCUACAGAAGAUCGUGGAGGGCACAGACACAUCUCACCUGGAUAAAGUCCAACAUGGCUACGAGAAAAUGGAGCACUUCACGGCUGACUUUGAUCGUCAGAGGAGAGCGCUGAUGAACGUCGACUUCAUCAAACUUGAUGAAGACGAUGAAGAUGAUGAAGAUGAAGCAGUGGAGGUGAGAGGGACGGCAGCAGGAAGUCGAGUUGAGCCGCAGCAGCAUGCUGUAGGUCUCUCAGCCAAUCAGCAGCCUCCUCUGUCUCCUGGUCAGCCUGCAGGUGUUCAGCUCUCAGCUCUGCCCGCUCAGAGACCCUCAGAGGCUCCGCCCACCACCGCGUCCCCGACCAAAGCCUAUGCCCCCUCACUAACAAGCCAGGCCCCGCCCCCUCUGCCCCCGCCCGCCGCCAACCCAACCUCGCAGGUUCAGUCUGAUCAGCAGAACGAGUCGGAGGACAAAGACGGACCCAAACACGUCUUCUCCUUCAGCUGGCUCAACCAGAAGUGAAACCAGCGACACCAGUCCAGGAUCAGUCAGACCCAGACGUGUUCUUGGCCAGACUUCAGUUAAUUUUUACAUGAUUUUAAUGUCAAUAACUGCAGAAACAUACAGUCUGUUAGUCUUUAUUAAUGGACAUGAAUGGAGGGAAUUUCAAAAUGACCUUUUCCUUUUAAUGUGACAUAUUCUUCCACCAGUCCAAUAUUCUCACAAAAACACAGUUUGUUUCUCAAAUUAAAAUAUAUUCUGUUAAAAUGUCAAAUAAAUUAUUGUUUUAUUAUGAAA